AACCGUUGGUUUAUUUAAGCCGACAACAAACGGUCACAUUACCGCUUUCCGAGUAAAUAAAAGAGACCAUGACGACUGCCUUUGAUGCUGCACACACGGAGGGCCCCGGAUUCGUGGGCAUUCGGUUCUGUCAGGAGUGCAACAACAUGUUGUACCCAAAGGAGGACAAGGAGAACAAGAUCCUACUGUACGCCUGCCGGAACUGCGACUACAAACAGGAAGCGGACUCCAACUGCAUCUACGUGAACAAGAUCAUGCACGAAAUCGACGAGCUGACGCACAUUGUGCCGGAUGUGAUAUCCGACCCCACGCUGCCGCGCACCGAAGACCACGCCUGUCCCAAGUGCUCCCACCGGGAGGCGGUCUUCUUCCAGGCGCAAACACGUCGCGCCGAAGAGGAAAUGCGACUGUACUACGUGUGCACCAACCAGAACUGCACCCACCGGUGGACGGAGUAGAAGCAGAUGUGCUAUACGCCUCUAAUUGUAGCCCUAAGUAAUCAAACCAAUAUGAAGACACUUUGCAAUCACAAAUUAAAUAUUCCCACAUGGUCAUGCCGCAAAAA